CUCCAGAAGUUUCAGCAGAAGGCUCGGAAACAAACUAAGCAGAAGAAAUCCAAGUCGGCUGAAUUUCUGAUGGGCAAAGAAGAGAGAGCUGGAACAGAAGGCAUUGCAAAUCCAGCUUUUAACAUCAGCAGUACAGAUCUUUCAGCAUCUCAGACUUCAGAGGAGGAAAUUAUUAGACAUGACAAGCUGGAUAGCACCCGUGCAGCUCACCAACAAAAACUUGGGCUGCAAGCCCGAGCUGAACCAAGAGGAAAUGAAUGCAGCCGAAAUUACUUUGACCCUCUGAUGGAUGAGGAAAUAAACCCAAGGCAGUGUGGGAUGGAGGUCAGUGAAGAAGGUGAGGUGGAAUUAAAUGAGAGACUCAUCUAUGAGAAACUGAUGACUUUCCUAUAUGAAGAGAACAGCAUGAUGGAGUCACAAGAAACACAAGUUAAUGAGAAAGAUGAUGAGGGCAUUUCAGAUUCCGCACAUCCUGCCAGCCAUACUAGAACCGGCGAUCUUUGUGAGGAAACAGAAGACGAAGAGACUCUGCCUUACAUAGAACACUUUGAUGAGGAAGUUCAAGAUGAGAUGAUCGUCCUUGACAACUUGCUGCUGGAACAGAGCUGUUUUGCGAAAGCCUGGGUCAUCCCAAAGAGAUGCUUGCUGACAGUGCUGCGCUGUUUUCGGAGCCAGGGGAACAUGUGGAAGGAAUUGUUCUUUUACAUUUCACAGCUUGUCAUUUCCUCUACAGGGCGACCUCUGACCCCUCCGAGAGAUUCUGACACCCAGAAGGGAAGUAUUCCCACUGUUGAAAAGGAAGUGGGAAAGCAGUUUAAUGCUGUGAAAGGCUGGGAACAGUGCAUGUCAAAAGAAACUCUGACGAGAGGAGAGGAGCAGCUCUUGAAAUAUUUCCAACAGACUGAUGAAGCCCUGGACGAAUUUAAAUCACACAUGAAGGAUCAAACAAAGCCCUGCGGAAAAGGAAAUGACCUGUAUAAAAUUAGUUCUGAUUACCCUGAAAAAUAUUGUGAUAUGGUGCCAGUGAAAGAAGUAUUUCACAAGAUGGACCAGAAUGACCCACCCAAUGAAUAUAGACACAGAAGUCAUGGAAUCGGACUAGAUGUUGCUGAAGUUCCUUUUCAUCGUACAUCUUACCUGGAAGAGUUGGAGAAACACAAAUUCUCUGUCCGGUGUCAUCCUGCAGUUGACUCAAUAGUGACCAAAAGAAUCACCAAGCACAUCUACUUUGGGGUGUAUGCAGCCUUUUCUGAACUUGGGGAUGGACACUGGCAUUCCUGCGACUUCUGGCUCAUGAUGACGCUGGUGGCUUUACUCUGGUUUGUCCGUCUGUAUCUUCACUACUGCAGCCAGUGGAUCUUCCUUCAAGCUGUUGCAAUUCCUGUCACAAAAUUCCAGUUCUUCCCUCACACAGUGGAUUUGUGCUACCAGAAUUCUUUGGUACAUACCAGUGAAGAGAUGGCUGUCGUUGUGGUGGGACCUUUGACCUUGAACACAGUGAUGCUUCUUAUGGUUUUGAUGAGAUGGGCCUGUCAACUGUUGUUUGGCUCAUUUCCUUCUUUCUUGUCAAAGCUGAUCAUGGCUUGGGGACUGUGGACAGUAUUAGACCCCUUGGCAGUGUUUGUAGUGGAUACAUUCCUGGGGCGACUUCAUUACACUCCGGGUAAACCCACUGCUGACUGUGCCAAGCUGUAUUGGUUGUUUUUACGGACAGAAGGAUCUGGGAUCCCUGGCAUAUUGAUCACCCUGUUGCUCUACACAAUCCUAUUCUUCAUUUCUGCGACGGUGUGGUAUCUGUAUUUUGUAAGAAUACACAAUGAAGGCUGGUUAUUAGAUAUAUACCAGAGGGUUCAGCGUGAUGAGACCGCUUGCUUUGUUCCUUUUGACUUGGAAGUCUCCAACCAAGAGCUGAGCUACAUUGUUAAAAAGGCAGAACAAUGGAGAGGAGUUGGUGGUGAACGACGAACAGUGGUAGUCUAUGAUUAUAUCUGGAAAGACAGCGCUAAGAAGCCUGAUGUCUCAAACAGUGACCUCCAUCAUCAAGGUGAACUACUGAAGUCUGUUAAAAACUCAGAAGGCAUCACUGUUAAUGUAGCUAUAUACACAAUUCAUCUUGGGGGCUUCCGAGAACUCUACAGGCACUUCCUUCGACUGCCCAGUGGUGCUAUUAUUGAGGCCUUCUGUGACAUUAAUGGAAUAAAUUUUGUAUAUAAUGAAGCGGGCCCAGUCAUUCAGGAAUGCAAAAGUGAAAUGGAUAAUACACUGGGAACUUCUACAGACGUCAAACUAAGGGAAAGAAAGAAGAGAACAGCAAGGUGGAAAGGUAUUACUUUCAGUGACUGCAGCUGGCUUGUAACUAUGAAGCAGAGUAAACAUUAA